UAGGGGGGUUAGUAUAAGAGUGCGUAGGGGGCUGUCAGACUUUAGUAUAGGAAGGAGCAGAGGGUGGGGUCUGUCACGCAAGAAUUGAGAAAAGAGCGAGAGAGAGGGAAAGGGGUUCUCAGGAUCCCAAACCGCACUACUCCUCACUGCAGAAAGAGAGUGGCGGACAACACUAUCUUUAGAGUCCCUGCUGUGACACGUUCUACCCAGAGGUGAAAGGUCAGAGGUCGCUCCGAGCUACAAAGUGUCAGAAUGUCUGUGUGGCCCCUGCUUCUUGUCCUUUGCGCCAUGGCGACCACGUCUCGAGGAUCACGGAGGAACGACAAUUCAGACGCCAACCAUGAGUGGACCACUUGGUUCAACGUGGACCAUCCCGGGGGCCGUGGGGACUACGAGCAGCUGGAAGCAAUCCGCUUCUACUACCGCUCCAGGGUGUGCCCUGUCCCACGGGCACUGGAGGCCCGGACCACGGACUGGGUCCCGGCCCGCGAGACGGGGGAGACGGUGCACGCCGACCCCACGGUGGGUUUCUGGUGCCUCAAUGAAGAGCAGGGUCCGGGGAGGAACUGCUCCAACUACUCUGUCCGCUUCCUCUGCCCGAAAGAUUAUAGUGAAAUCCUGCAGGGAAUCUGGGGUCCCUGGUCUGUCUGGAACGCGUGCCCGGCCAUGUGCGGCAAGGUUGGGGUACAGGUGCGCUCUCGGAGCUGCCAGUCCCAGACUCUGUCCUGCAGCGGACCCAAAGUGGAGGGAAGAUCAUGCAACGGCCCUGAAUGCCCCAGGGCGGACUGCCAUCUGCAUUGCAUGAUGGGAAAGGAGAACGCUGAGUGCGAGGCGUGCACGUGUGAGGGGCACGUCCUGCUGGGCUCAGUCCGCGGGGCGGGAGGACUGGUCGCGGAAGGCGCCACCAUCGUGCGCUUGGGAAAACUCCUCGUGCUCACCGACCACAACGGACACUUCCGGAUCCCCGGUGUGUGUCCCGAUGGAAACACCACGCUGACGGUCAGCGCCCAGAACCACUCCCCGCUGGACGUGUUGGUACCGCUCAGCAGUGAGCCCACCUCAGUGCUCAGCAUCCGGCUGGAGAGGACAGAGAAGCUUCGUGUGUUGACGAACCCUGAGAGCAAAGCCAGGCGAGAGGGUCACUCUGCUGUGUUUUGCUGCCAAGUGUCCGGAACGCCAAAGCCAGAGCAGUUCCAGUGGUUCCACAACAAUACUCUCCUUGAGCGACGGUCUGACAGCACGUUGGUCCUGAAAGACCUGCGUCUUCAACAGUCUGGAGAAUACUACUGCAGAGCCAGUAGCCCAGCCGGCGCCAUAAAGACCAAACCAGCCCUCCUCACUGUACUAGCUAAAGAUCAGCCGUCGUGUAAUCCCACACCUGAGCCGCACCUCAUUCGCCUGCCCCACGACUGCCCCCAGAACACAAGCGAUUCCCUCUACUACGACGUGGGCAAAUGUCCCGCCGCCACCUGUGCCGGUCAGCUUGACAACGCCAGCCGCUGCAAAGACAACGUUGCAUUCUGCUGUGGCGUGGCGAAGAUGGCCAAGCGAGAUAUAUCGUGCCAGGGCUACCAACUCCCCACAAUGGUGGUGACGGCGUGCGGCUGCCAGAAGUGUGUGGAGACCAAGGCUGUCGUUCACGGGCGAGCCGUCGCGGCGGAUACAGGGGAACCGAUGAGGUUUGGCCACAUCUUCAUGAACGGAGAGCGAGUUAGUCGCACGGGGUACAAAGGCACCUUCUCCGUCCAGGUGCCCCUCGACACAGCCAGGCUGGUCCUGACCUUUGUGGACAACAUGCAGAAGUUUGUCAACACAACGAAGGUGCUGCCGUUUAACAGCAGGGGGGGAGCCAUCUACCACGAAAUCAAACUGCUCAGGAAGAAGGAGCCUGUCACCAUCAGCUCCACAGAGACCAACACUCUAGAGCUCGGAGAGGCAGAGGGCCAGGAUCCGAUGGUCCAGCUUGAGAUCCCUCCUCGCUCGUUCUACAAGCAGAACGGAGAGGUGUUUGUCGGAAACGUCAAGGCUAGUGUGACCUUUCUCGACCCUAGAGAUGUUUCCACAGCGGCAGCAGCGCAGAGCGACCUCAACUUUGUGGGAGAAGCUGGCGACACCCUUCCACUAAGAACGUACGGAAUGUUCUCCGUUGACUUCAGUGCCGAACAGGGUGGGGAGCCUCUGAACGCAGGUGAGGUCAAGGUGUUCCUGGACUCUACUCAGGUGAAGAUGCCCGAGCAUCUCGACACCAUGAAGCUCUGGUCGCUGAAUCCUGAGACAGCUUUGUGGGAGGAGGAAGGCAAUCUGCAGAUGGAGAAGAAAAGAAGAGGGAAGAGAGAGGAGAGAACCUUCUUGAUUGGCAACAUGGAGAUCAGGGAAAGACGUCUGUUCAACCUGGAUGUGCCCGAGAACCGCAGGUGCUACGUUAAGGUCAGGAGCUUCCGCAGCGAGCGCUUUAUGCCCAGUGAACAGGUGGAGGGAGUCGUUAUUAGUCUGAUCAACAUGGAGCCCACCCCUGGAUUCUCCACCAACCCCCGCGCCUGGGGCCGGUUCGACAGCGCCAUCACGGGUUCCAACGGUGCGUGCCUUCCAGCUUUCUGUGACGAUCAGAGGGCUGACGCAUAUUCUGCCUACGUCAUGGCCAACCUGGGAGGGGAGGAGCUGGAGGCUGUGACCUCCUCACCAAAAUUAAAUCCCAACCUCAUCGGUGUCCCCCAACCCUUCCUGGGAAAGCUAAACUACCGGCGAACCGACCAUGAGGACACCAGGUUGAAGAAGACAGCAUUCAGCAUUAAUGUAGCAAAACCAAACUCCAACACCCCAGAGGAGUCCAACGGACCAAUCUACCCGUUUGAGCGUUUGAGGGAUUGUGAGGAAGCACCCUUCAGCGCACCCCACUUCCGUUUCUCCAGAGUGGAAGGGGAUCGCUACGAAUACAACACAGUGCCCUUCAACGAGGACGACCCAAUGAGUUGGACGGAGGAUUACCUCAGCUGGUGGCCCAAGCCCAUGGAGUACCGGGCCUGCUACAUCAAGGUUAAACUCAGCAGUCCCCACGAGCUCAAUGUACGCUCGCGCAACAUGGGCGGCACCCAUCCCAGGACAGGGGGCCAGCUGUACGGUCUCAGGGACACCCGCAGCAUCCGUGACAUGGACCUGAAUAAUGUGUCUGCAGUGUGUCUGGAGUUCAAAUGCAGCGGCAUGCUGUAUGAUCAGGAGCGCGUGGACCGCACACUGGUCAGGGUGAUUCCCCAGGGCAGCUGUAAACGAGAGAACGUCAACACCAUUCUCCAGGAGUACCUGGUGAACCAUCUGCCCUUGGCAGUCAACAAUGACACUAAUGAGUUCACAAUGCUGGCCCCCCUGGAUCCUCUCGGCCACAACUACGGCAUUUACACUGUGACGGACCAAGACCCACGCACCGCCAAAGAGAUCGCCCUUGGCCGUUGUUUCGACGGGACCUCCGACGGCACGUCCCGCGUCAUGAAGAGCAAUGAGGGGGUAGCACUCACGUUCACCUGCGGAGACCACGAUGCUACACAACAGAGCGUGUUCCAGAACUCCCAGAAUUCAUCUGGGCAAUCCGGGGCAAGCGCAGGUGGGCGAGGAGACAGCCGGCCUAGUCGCCGCCGGCAGAGAGAGGGCUCCAAUGCACCGCGUGGCAACCGAAAACGCAACACCAGGGAUCCAGCCGGAAGACGCACACAAUCUAGACGAGAUACCAUGCCGUAGGUCUCUUAUCAACAGUCAUUAGUGAUCAGUGGGGAUUAUGAAGCAUUUUUUAUAUUAUUUCAAAUCACUUUUAUUAAUGUAAUCUUCUUUUUAAUUCAAACAUGUUUCAGGUAGUUUUUUUGGCGGGGGAAUGGGUAAAGAAAAUAUUUCCCGAUAAAGGUAAACCUUUGACCAUGUUAAAUAUUUACUUGAAAUUGUAAAUACAAUAUUUAUUGUACUUUCCAUGUUUUUAACAAGUCAGUUGGAUACAAUUUGAAUAAAUUGGUAACGACCAGGAUUUCUUCUCUCAACUCGUAUUAAACAGCUACAUUACGAAUGUCAGGUUGUCUACAAUAUAUAUUCAAGAAACAUGCAUGAUUUGUUUAAUUUGAUGACUGAAAACGAGAAUAUAUAUAGUGAUGAAAAAUACACGGAAAUGUUGAUAAGCUUUU